AUAACAUUAAAUUGUAUGUUCGGUGUUAAUGCAAUUUGUAUUUGUUAUUUUUUAAGGACAUUUGGGAUCAGUUGUGAUAUGGUCAAGGACAAAAUCAAGACCCAAAUAUCUACAUGGAAAACAGCAGAUAACUGUCCAAAUGGAGCAGGCGAAAAAUGUCUGUAUACAUUUGUGAGUGAAACAGAUACAACCAUAACAGCCAAACACGCGACACCAGUUAAACACUACAUGGACGAUUUGACCUUCACCUUUACUGCAAGUAACAGCAUGUGCAAUGUCAAGGGUUACUCCACAUCAGAAACAUGGUAUGCUUACCUUGACUACAGCACUAACUAUUGUAACCUCAACAACCUUAUCACAGGUUCUGGACUUGACAAGGUUAAUGCAUACAAGGAGGUCACGAGCGAUGCUGUUUGUACACAAUAUUCCAGCAAAGAUUGCGAUAAAUAUUAAAAUAUUUAAAAAUGUU